GAAAUCUACUCCUUGCCAGGUGGCAAUGACACUGUCAAUUUGCGUAUUUAUUUAAUCAAUUGAUCACCUACAUCAUUAAAUUAUUUAGGUCUCUUUUCUCAUUUAUAGCUUGUGUCCUUUAUGACUCAUACUAAUAUAUUUAUUAAAAUAAGUAAUUCAAUAGUUGUUAAGAAAGUUCUUGUACAUAAAGGACGUAAUACUUUAUUCAAAUAUUUCACUAAACUAAAAUCUAAAACAGUGACAUAAAUAUGGCUAAGAGACUUGGUGACCUGAAAGUGACGGAACUGAAUAAUCACGAGGUGGAAACGUCCGGUAAGAGGAGUGAGUUAGUAGAAAGACUAUAAGUGGCACUGUUGAACAGGGCCGCCUAAGAAUCCAUUUCGUGAGUUUGUUCGUCACAAUAUUUAUGAAGAAAAUAAUAGAGAGGAAUCAGCUUUAGGACAAGGCAUUACAAAUAGUAGAGGAAGAAGUACAUAUUAAGAAACCAAGUGGAUACAAUGAAUAUUUCCUCUUAACAUAUACAGAAUAUUCGUGUCCUGUUAGAAGACUAUCCUUGAGUACUUGAGUACUAAACAAAUAUUCAGGGAACUUGAUAUCUCGCAAAUAUCGGUAAUGAAAAUUUUACGUAAUAAUAAAUUCCAUCCAUACAAAGUAACGUUGGUUCAAGAGUUGUCAGAUGACGAUUUUGAUAGAUGAGUUUGCAGACCUAGGUACUGGUCACGUAACAAUCUUCGUUAGAUGAGUGAAGUCCACAACCAAUAUCCCAAAAAACUGACUGUAUGGUCUGGAAUAAUAGGCGACAAAAUAAUUAGUCUCUUUUCCAUUGAGGGUAACUUGAACGGUCCGGCGUUUUCAGAUUUAUUGGAAAAUAGUAUUGUACCUGAGUUGGUUCGGGUAUUUCCAAAUCCAAAUUCGCUUGAGAGAUUAAUUGUAACCAUUCAAUAAUUGUAAUUUUGGUAUCAAAUAAUUUUUUUAAAAAUAAAAUUUGAUUACCGAAAAAUAUAAUUGGCGCAGUCAGUAGGAUAGUGCGAUAAAAGUUCGGACUAAGUACUUCAGUACCUCAGCACUAAAUCCACGAGCUCUACGAGGGACAGGACUUCAAAUAAUUGUAAGUGCCUGUUUUUAUUCCUUUUAUUAUCUAUCCUUAUCUAUUCCGAGUAAGGAAGAGAUAAUUUAUUAAUUUUUUAAUCAUAUGAACGAUUUUGAUACGUUAUUGAAUACAUUUUGUAAAUUAAACUUAAAAGAUAAUUCUGAAAAAAUGGCAACUUCAAAUCCAAAAACCCUAAAUUGGGAAUUGUUUAAACUAAAAUUAGAAAAUAUCAAACCGUACGAUGGAAACAUAAAUACUUUAAAUAAAUUCAUAAACAGAUGUGAGAAUUUAAUAGAGACGUAUUUGGUAUAUAAUGAUCAGGAUAUCAAUAAUCAUGUCUUGGAAUGUAUCCAAGAAAAAUUAAUUGACAAAGCUGAAAUGAUGGUAGGAAAUAGGAUCGAAUUAAAUACGUGGUUUAAACUAAAAGAAGCUUUGAUACAAUGUUUCGCAGAUAGGCGCGAUUUAGACUGCAUACUGCAGGAAUUAAUAAGAACAAGUUUAAAAACGAAAACUUAAUAACAUUUGGUAACAGGCUACAAUUACUAAAAAGUCAAACGAUUCAUAGAAUUAGUAACAAUUUAAAUUUAGGUGAAAUUGACAAGAGAUGUCAAAUCAAUCAUUGCGUAAAAACAGCCUUGAACACCUUUAUAGCAGGAUGUUUAGGUACCAUACGCAAUAAUAUGUACUUGAAAAAGCCUAGCUCGUUAGAAGACGCUAUGGCUUAUGUCGACGAAUUUGAGAAUUUUGAAAAACUCUUCGGCCAAUUUUAUGAGCCUAGAGUUAGAUACAACAAUAGCAAUAAUAAUAAUAAUAAUAACAAUUUUAAAACUAAUUCAAUGAAAAACAAUAGAAAUAAUCAAUAUAAUAAAAACAACCCCUACUAUCAAAAAUAACAAUAUGAUAAUAAUUAUAAUAGAAACCAAUUUAACAAUAAUCAAAGAUAUAAUAACAACAAUAAUUAUAAUAAUGAAAGAUAUAAUUAUAAUAAUUAUUAUUAUAAUAAUAACUUUCCUAGUCAACCUAUAAAUGUAAAUCCUAUGCCACAAAGAAGGCAAAACUAUCCGACAAAUGCACAAGUAUUUGGCCGGAAAAAAACCAAAUACCUGUAAACCGUUUACCAAGACCAGAACCGAUGUCUACGACAUCGAGAAAUUUUUCCCAUGGACCUAGUAGACGUGUAAACAUUAAUAACAAUUAUAAUAAUAAUAAUGCAAAUAAUACUAGAUAUUUCCAAUCAAGAAAUGAACGACCAAAUUUUACAUCGGAAGAAUUAUACAAUAAUAAUUAUAAAGAUAAUAAAGAAGAAGAAGAAGUAAUUGAUUUCCAACAUUUGUUUGAGCCUGAUGAAAAUAAUGAUCAAACCGUAAAUUUUCGAAAAGAGCAUCGGGAAAAAGAAUCAAAAAUAAAAAAAAUAAAUUUUACUCCUAAUAAUCCUUUAACAUAUUUUGAAAAUUUCAUAAAAACUAUCGAACCAGAAUCCAGUGAACAAAUAAUAGAAAUAAAUUUUACAUCUAAUAAUUCAUCACCAAAAAUUAAAAAAUUCAUAAAAAUGAAAGAAUCGGAAUUAAAUUAUUGUAAAGAAAUAAAUGAACAAAUAGAACUAGAUCUUAGUAAAUUAUUUGAUGAAGAAGAAAAAGAUAAAUUAAAUGUAACAGAAAAGAAUUCAGAAGAAAAUAUUAUAAUGGUAGGAGAAAUGAAUAAUGAUACAAAAAGAGAAUUAGAAUUAUUUGAUAAAGUGGAAUUAAACGUAGAAUUAAAAUAUACAGUAUUAGAUGAAUUAAAAAUGAAUGAAAAUGAUAAUGAAAGUGAAGUAAAAGGAAAUGUAAGAAUUAAAUAGAAAAAUAAAUGAAAUAAAUAAUGUUGAGACAAUGGAAGAAAAAGAUAUAAAUGAUGUUAUAAAAAUAGAUAUUGAUAUAUUAGAAAAAGAAUGUUAUGUCAUAAAACCUGAAUUAAAUACAAAUAUAUUGGACAUACAAAAUAAAAAUAAUAUGAUUAAUAAAAGAGACAUGAAUAAUGAAAAUGAGAAAAUGGUUAUUAAUUAUGAAACAAUUAACAAAUAAUUUGAUAGAAAUA